UGCAAUGGGAGGGCUUUACCUCUCCUUGAAGGAUGAAUAAAUAGGUAGCUUUACUGACAAACUGUUCACAGUCAAACUGAAGUGAAAACUGAGACCAAGGUCUUGUUCUACUGGCACUUAUGAGAUCCAGUCCUGGCAACAUGGAGAGGAUAGUCAUCUGCCUGAUGGUCAUCUUUUUGGGGACUGUGGCCCAUAAAUCAAGCUUCCAAGGCCAAGAUCGCCUUUUGAUUAGAAUGCGUCAACUUAUAGAUAUUGUUGAUGAGCUGAAAAAUUAUGUGAAUGACUUGGACCCUGAAUUUCUGCCAGCUCCAGAAGAUGUAAAGAGACACUGUGAGCUGUCAGCUUUUUCAUGUUUUCAGAAGGUUCAACUAAAGUCAGCAAAUACAGGAGACAACGAAAAGAAAAUCAAUGUAUUAACUAAACAGCUGAAGAGGAAACUACCUCCCACAAAUGCAGAGAAAAGACAGAAACACAGACCAACGUGCCCUUCAUGUGAUUCUUAUGAGAAAAAGCCACCCAAAGAAUUCCUAGAAAGAUUGAAAUCACUCAUCCAAAAGAUGAUUCAUCAGCAUCUCUCUAGAACCCAUGGAAUAUGAAGAUUCCUGAGGAU